AUGCCCACCAAAGAAGAACCUCCACAAGAAGAUGUGCUUCAAGAAAGCACCACCAGCUUCGUAGAAAACAGUGAACGUGCACAGCUCACUGUUGAUUCUUACGAAGGAGGGAACCGAUGGUACACAAUAGCAAUUGUGACAUUCGGGGUGCUUUGGUUGGUCUUUGUGGAGGCUGAGCAUGGGCUCCUUGACGAGCAGACAGAGGACAAGGUCAUCGUCACCAAGAACUUUGUGUACAACUUCAUCAUACUGGUGGUGUGGGCUGCGGUGGAUGGCUUCAUGGUCUUUUUGGCUCUGUUGCCCAAUCUGAAAAUCAGCAGAGGGCACAGCGUGGGGUACCUUCGCUCGCUCCUGGUCAUAGCUCUCUCCAGUUUGGUGGCCAUGAACUUUGGCACUGCAUUGCUUGUGUUCUUUGGCCACAAGAAAUUCACCAAACGUCACAGUGACGUUGUUCAUGAGAAUAGAGAUCCAGAUUUGGAUGAAGGGAACAGCACAUCACCAGAAGCGCACUACUAUGCCUUGGUUGCCAUCUUAGUUUCGAUCGUUGUCGUGGACAUCAUGUUCUUCACCACCAUCUGGGACAAGUACAUGGACUCUUGGGGGUGCCAGCCACUGCAAGUGGUUGGUGUACGAAAGGAUGCAGCAAUGGAGGUCAAGAGGAGAUUCAAGAAGAGGGCAAAGUUGGAUAUCAGGUGUGUUUCAGAUAACUCAGUUCUGGUGAAAGAAAUUCUGUCAGCAAGAGGUUUUGGCGAUUUCGCCUUCUUUCACUCCUUUGUUUUUGGAGAAUGGCCGCCAAAUGGAACUAACAUCAAUGAUUUCUACUCAGAGCUCGCCCAAAACUUCACGGUAGCCUUCGAUGAGCCUGAGAUUAAAAAUGAUACAUGCCACCUGCCAGGAUAUCUCAACGCCCUUUUCAGCAUGGUGGGAAAUAGGAUGGAAGAAAAUGGAUAUCAUGAAGCACUGGAUGGCGAUUGCCGGGGAGGACAGCUCCCAGUGAACGGCACUGCCUCUGACUGCAGCAUGAAUGACCCAGUCAAUGACUUCAAGGAGACGAUCUUUGGGCUUGCUGUGCUGUACUUUGAUGCUGUGUUGGUCAACUCGGAGUGGGCGAUGCACGCAGGCUUCGGUGUCGGCUUAGUGAUUGGCAUGAAUUCUCUGAUUUCUGUGCUCGCGCAAUACAAGUCACUUUCUCUGACACUGACCGAAGGGGUGAUCGAUGACGUUGCCCGCCCCGGGGGCAGCAAGAACUACCGUGAAAGGCAGCGUCAGGCGAUGGAGAGGCUGCAAAAACUGCAGCUUCAAUACACCAAGCUCAGCGAGCUCAUCAAGGAAUACCCAUUGAAUUCAACAGUUCUGUUUUUUGGCAUACUGCUGAGCACCGCAGUUCUGCAACUGGUGGUCACUGGCGCCACAGCAACUUUGCUCAUCUCAACGUUUGCUGCGCUGCCUGAGGCCUUCAACCUCCUGCAACCUGUGUUAACCUUCAUCAUAGCAUGGUUUGUCAUAGCAGUCGUGGAUAGUCUUAUACUACAGGAGUGGAUGAUUGAGCGUGUGCUGACUGAAAACUACAGGCUGAAGCACCCCAACGUGUGGAUCCUGUACACACUUGUGUACACCAUGCUCAACCUUGUGCUUGGGAUUCUGUAUGCUGUGUGGCGACUAUUUUUACUCGUUGUGUUGUCGUUGUCACGCUUCAACCGACUGGAUCGAUCACUCUUUCCAUCCUGGCAGUCACUCGACCAGGGCCACAAUGCCUUCUUUUCAAUGGUUUUGAUGCACUACACUAUACAGAGGAACUCCAGCUAUUCCAGGGAGUCGAUUUACAGGCGGAGAAUGGAGGAAAUAAAGUUGAGGAUGGGCCGCACCUCAGUGGCAGGAAGCUCCCUUGGGCAGCGGCCAUCACUUGAGCAGAGGCCCUCACGAUCUCUUCCCUCGCAAGCCAGCGCAGGGGGCAACUCAGCAGGUGGGGCACGGCAGCCAUCUGGGGCACUGUCUUCCCACACUCACUCUUCCUUGCCCACAUUGCCAGAAAGAGUGCACUUGUUAGAAGAUGGUCUGGAAGACUGUGAAGACUGCGUGCAAACAUAUCAGGAAGAAGCUCACGCACAGCCGCGGCAUGUCCAG